ACCGUGACAUCGUCAUCUCACGCGAUUAUUUCCUGCUGUCGCGAUUUGACACGUAGGACACGUAUACUGUUUCCUAAAUGCACCUAAAUGUCAGUAAACUUUGACAGGCCGACUAUUGCCGCGUAUUUUUUUUUAAUCUUAAUCCUAGGUAUGUGUCCGAGUUCUGAUUCGCAAGUGUUUUGCACGAUGGACUAAUGAAUAUACACAAUGUGUUAAAGUGCAUAACCUCACAUAUUCCUGCACUCGUUUACGUCAACAUAUUUUUUGUUGGAGUGACGUAAAAAACCGGAAAGAUGAGCACGAUAACGGAACAACCAUGCUACACGUUGAUAAACAUCCCAACUGAUACGGAGCCGCUAAACGAGCUCCAGCUGAAACUGGAUCUCGAAAAGGGGAGCGUUCAGACGAAAAUCGAUGCACUCAAGAAGACGAUUCACAUGAUUCUGAGCGGCGAAAGAUUACCUGGAUUAUUAAUGACGAUCAUCAGAUUUGUCCUGCCUCUGCAAAAUCACACCAUCAAGAAGCUGCUGUUGAUAUUCUGGGAAAUCGUGCCAAAAACUUCCGGUGAUGGCAAGCUCUUGCAGGAAAUGAUUCUUGUCUGCGAUGCUUACAGGAAAGACUUGCAGCAUCCUAAUGAAUUUGUCAGAGGAUCAACUCUUAGAUUCUUGUGUAAAUUGAAGGAACCAGAGCUUUUAGAGCCAUUGAUGCCAGCAAUAACCGGUUGUUUGGAACACAGACACUCCUAUGUCAGACGUAAUGCUGUGCUCGCUAUUUUUACCAUUUACAGAAACUUCGAAUUUCUUAUACCGGAUGCUCCAGAAUUGAUAGCAAAGUAUUUAGAAGGGGAACAGGACAUGUCGUGUAGGAGAAAUGCGUUUCUGAUGCUGCUGCACGCUGAUCAGAAUAGAGCUCUUUCUUAUUUAGGCGCAUGUCUCGAUCAAGUACCCAGUUUCGGUGAUAUAUUACAAUUGGUCAUUGUCGAAUUAAUAUAUAAGGUUUGUCUUGCAAAUCCGUCGGAGAGAGCGCGUUUUAUCAGAUGUAUUUACAGUUUGCUGAAUUCACCUAGUGCCGCGGUGCGUUACGAAGCGGCUGGAACUUUGGUGACUCUUUCCAGUGCGCCAACCGCGAUCAAAGCGGCAGCUUCCUGUUACAUUGAAUUGGUUGUCAGAGAAAGCGAUAACAAUGUCAAGCUCAUUGUACUUGAUCGAUUAAUUGCGAUGAAAGAUAGUCCUGCAUACGAAAGAGUACUUCAGGAUCUCGUAAUGGAUGUACUUCGCGUUUUAGGCUCGCCCGCAUUGGAAGUCAGAACGAAGACCUUAGCUCUUGCUAUGGAUUUGGUCACAACUCGUUCAAUCGAAGAGAUGGUUCAGCUUCUGAAGAAGGAAGUUUUGAGGACAGCUGGCGGAGAACACGAAGAUGCUGGCAGGUAUCGCCAGCUCUUGGUGCGAACUCUUCACGCUUGUUCCAUGAAGUUCGCGGACGUUGCCGUUACCGUCAUUCCAGUGUUGACAGAUUUUCUGUCGGAGAGCCACGAUGCGGCCGCUACGGACGUUCUUGUAUUUGUUCGCGAAGCCAUUCAGAGAUUCGAAAAUCUCAGACCGCUGAUCGUCGAGAAACUUUUAGAAGUAUUCGCUCACAUACGAUCCGUAAAAGUACAUAGGGCCGCACUUUGGAUUCUUGGCGAGUAUGCCACAUCCAAAGAGGACAUAGAAGCUGUAAUGAGUCGUGUGCGUACUGCUUUAGGCGAUCUGCCGUUACUCGAGGCGGAGAAUAAGCGUCAAGCCGGCGAAAAGUCCGAGGAUGGUAAUUCGCAAGCCGCACCAGCACAACUCGUCACGUCUGACGGAACAUAUGCGACUCAAAGUGCUUUUAGUGCCACAUCCGCACGGAAAAAGGAAGAAAAGCGACCAGCAUUAGUGCAAUAUAUGAUGGAGGGCGAUUUCUUCAUCGGCGCAUCCCUAGCCACCACAUUGGCCAAACUGGCACUGCGCUACAAAACGCUCGAAACCAACAUCCAGAAGAGCAACAGAUUACAGGCGGAAGCGAUGCUUGUAAUGUCCAGCGUAUUGCAGUUGGGCCGUUCGGGUCUUCCCUUGAAAGCGAUGACGCACGAUGAUGCGGAGAGGAUUUCUCUGUGCCUCAAAUCCCUCGCCUGUCCAACGCCUCUCGUUCAAAAGGUCUUCACCGAGGGAUGUCGCGACGCUCUCGGCAGAAUGUUGACCGCAAAGGCGGAGGAAGAUUCGCAAAAUCAAAAGGCCAAAGAGAAGCCGGGCAAUAUCGUCCAAGUGGAUGACGCGAUUCAAUUCUUGCAAUUGAGCCGGGGAUCCGAUCUGACCGGCGGCGCCGGUGAUGUAUUCGAACAGAGUCUCAGCGCUGCUGUAGCGGGACGACCAGGUGCCGGCGGUGACGCACCAGCUCCGAGCGCGUUGAGCAAAGUCACUCAGCUUACCGGCUUCUCGGACCCGGUCUACGCGGAGGCCUUGGUCCACGUCAACCAAUACGACAUCGUGCUCGAUGUUCUCGUUGUUAAUCAAACGGAAGACACUCUGCAGAACUGCACCUUGGAGCUAGCCACUAUGGGCGAUCUGAAGCUGGUAGAGAGACCGCAACCUAUCGUGCUCGCACCCAGGGAUUUCGCUACUAUCAAGGCGAAUGUAAAAGUCGCGUCCACAGAGAACGGAAUUAUAUUUGGGAAUAUCGUUUACGACGUAUCAGGAGCGGGCUCUGACAGAAGCGUGGUUGUUCUGAAUGACAUACACAUUGACAUUAUGGACUACAUAGUGCCCGCGACAUGCACCGAUGCGGAAUUCCGUCAGAUGUGGGCCGAGUUCGAAUGGGAGAAUAAAGUUUCAGUCAACACUACUCUGUCUGAUCUGAGAGAGUAUCUUGCUCACUUGUUGAAAUCCACAAAUAUGCGUUGUCUCACGCCGGAAAAGGCCCUUUCGGGACAAUGUGGAUUUAUGGCAGCUAACAUGUAUGCAAAAUCAAUAUUUGGCGAGGACGCACUGGCGAAUUUGUCUAUUGAGAAACCACUGAACAAAUCCGACGCGCCGGUAGUCGGUCAUAUUCGUAUCAGAGCCAAGAGCCAAGGCAUGGCUCUGUCGCUGGGCGAUAAAAUCAAUUCGGCGCAGAAAGGCCCGCAGACUAAAGUCGUGCAAGCGGCCUGAAUCACGUCAUUUCAACUAAAUUUCGCUUCGCGCGAUGUUCAAAUUUCAUCAAACGCGAUAUCAUUACGGAAUUUACAGGACCUCAAAGUUUAUUAUCAAUGAUUUUUACAUAUUCAUGGCAUUUAAGCUAAUUACGACAAAGCAAACUUGUCUUAAUCUUCACAAACAUUCUUUGAAUGUCUUGAAUUUAUGUAUUAUUUAAAAAUCGAAUUGGACUUGCUUGUGUCGCAGUUAUAUUACGACGUGUAUCCUGCAAUGCACGUUCAUAUUUAUAUUAUGUUUAAUUGUAUUGAAUUUCCUGCCGAUAUUGUUAUGGCAUAAGCAUAUAGUUAGUGUCCUAUAAAGUAGGAUGUAUUCAUCAGAGGAAAGAAAUGAAUAAACAGUACUUUAUCUAUGUAA